CACAAGAAAACCUCCCAAGUAAUCCUUUUCUCCUAGCCUUCGAAUUCCUUAUCAUUUCUUUUGGCAUUGUUUCUUCGCUUGGAAUUAUUUUCAAGCACUGUUAGUCCGGCUUUAAGCAAUGGAGAGAGUGACAAAGUUGGCAUCUGAGAAGCCGGUGGUGAUCUUCAGCAAGAGCUCUUGCUGCAUGUGCCACACCAUCAAGACCCUUUUCUAUGACUUUGGGGUGAACCCCGCGGUCCACGAGCUGGAUGAGAUCGCUAGAGGGCGUGAAAUCGAGCAAGCCCUCUCGAGGCUCGGUUGCAGCCCUUCCGUGCCAGCCGUGUUCGUUGGUGGUGAACUUGUUGGUGGAGCCAAUGAGGUCAUGAGUCUUCACCUUAAUCGAUCCUUAAUCCCAAUGCUUAGACGAGUUGGAGCCCUUUGGGUUUAAGUCAAAAUCUCAUUAACUUGCGUGUCAAGCCUACUAAUAAGCAUGUGACUAUAUAUAUAUAUAUAUAUAUAUAGUCACAGUAAUUAGAUAUAUAAUCAUGAGAGUGUAGGUUUCUAAGUCUAAUUAUUAGUCUAAUGCAAAAUGGAGUGUACUUUAUAUGAUCUUACUGCUAAUUAAUGAGUCGACUUAGAGUGUAUGUUAUCUUUUUGGUACUGUAUCAAUAUGCUUUUUGAGUAAUAAAAGUUAAGAGUUAG